AUGGGGCUCCCUAUAGGGAUGUGGCUCUGGCUCUGGGCUGCACAGGUCUCUUCGGAGGAGUCGGAGCCCGCCUGCCUGCCCGUGGCAGGAGAGGACUGCUAUCGGCUGCUCCGGCGGCCAAAACUGGCCUUGGGUGCAGAGUUUUGGUGCAGACGAUCCCGCGGCCGGCUCCUCCAGACGUGGAACCAGCAGAUCCAAGACGCCCUGCGUGACCGCCUGGUCGACGGGAGCAAAACCUGGAUCGGGGCUGCAGCAGAGGCGCUCCAGGAAGUGAGACACUCUGGCAAAGAUCCCUGCAAAGUCCUCGUCCGGAAUGGCGACCAGUUCUAUACCAGGAGGGAGAAGUGUGACCAGAAGCACUUUUUCAUCUGCCAGUCUGCUUCAAAGAAUUUAAAGGACCUCGUGGCUGAGCUGAGGAUGAGACUCUCUGGGCGGCCCCCCACCCCCAUGAAGCACGCCCUUUCGAGGUGGCUGCAGGGACAGGCUCUCCCGAGGCGGCUGGGCUGGCCGUCGCAGGUCCUGCCGCGCCAGAAGCGCCCCUUCCAUGAAUCCUCUCGAGCUCAAUCCCUUCUGCUCUCUGCCCGCUACAGGCCCCCCAAGGACGCCCCAAGAGACUUCCACGCCCUGGGUGGUAAGUUCCCGCCAAAGCAGAAAACGACCUGCCAGCAUUUGACGUGUGGCCCGACGGAGGCGACGCCCAUCCUCACCGAAAAGCCGACGGCGACUGCUGCUCUGAGCGCCCAGCCCUCCGCCGCGACUCCUCCGCCGCCCAGUGCUCCUCCAGGAAGCAGCACCCUUCGCCAGCCGACCACCGCUGACAUCCAGCCAUUCCUUGGGACCAGGCCAGCACUCGGCACUCCCCACCAACCGCCGAGCAGCCCCAAGUCGGCAUUCAGCACGUGGCCAGCCAGCAACAGCAGCCAGACCCGACCCAACUCUCAGACCUCAGCCCCUGAGCCCAGCACUCAGCCGCUGCCCACCAGCAAAACCACCUCGGGGGAUACCAAAAGCCACCAGUCCAACCCCAGCCCGGACCUCUUCACCUUCAGCCCUAGACACUUCCCCCCUGAGGACCAGGGGAAGGCCCUAGAGAAGGUGCUGCACCAGUUUAGCCAGGCUGUGCAGACCCCAGACCACCCUAUGGCACUGGAGCGGGCAGCCCGGAUGCUGAAGGAUUUGACAAAUUUCCACACUCUGCUCUCAGACGAUGCCCAGCAGGAACCAAAGGUCCUGGAAACAGCAUUGGAAGCCCUUCCUCUGAUCCAGAUGGGACUCCUGUUGGGAAGCUCCACCACGGAGGAAUCCACAGUAACUGUGGUGUCUCCUGUGCUCAGCACCACCCUCAGCAGGUGUGACAAAGCCUCCCUGUCCCAUGCCUCCUUCCACCUGCUUCAGCCAAGGGGCCUGAACGUAACCUUCCCAUCCAGCUCUGCUCUGGAGCCAGUUCUGAGCCAGCACCCCCAAGUACAAGUCCAGGUGGCCUCCUUUGCAUUCAACCCUUUCCGGCACCUGGAUGAGAAGCCGAUCAAAAGGAUGGCAAGUAUCGCUCUCAUGGCCAGCGAGGAGUCCAUCGGUGUCUACAAUCUUGCAGAGGAAAUAGAGGUGAGAAUGGAUACUGUACUGGGAAGCUCUCUGAUCAGGACUCCUGAGUGUGGCAUCCAUCCCCCACAAAGAGGAAGCUGGUCCUUUCUCCCCAGAACACAUUCAGAUUUCUUUCUAAGUGGGACAGAUCUGGGAAUUGGGCUCAGUGCUGAGGCUAGAGCUGAGGCCCCUCACACUCACUUGACUGGCAGCGUCAGGAACUUUGACAUUGUGGUAAACGUCACAUCAGUAGAGGAUGCCCUGCUAGUAUCGGUGAAAUCCAGCACAGUGGUCCAGAUCACCUUGCACCUGGGCCUCCAACCUGAGCCCAACGAGAACAGCAGCCUCCUCAACACCACCCUGCCCAGCAGCGGAUGGCAAGAGGAGGGUGCCUACACAUGGGUGAUUCCUCCAGAGGAGCUGCAGCAUCACGGCCUGGGCACCUACUACAUCUCUGCAGAGGUGGCUGCCCUCUCUCAGGGCCCCUGGAACCUCUCCAUCCACACCAUCAUCUCUGGAUGCUACUACUGGUCCAGCCAGCAUCAGGCCUGGAGAAGUGAUGGAUGUCGGGUGGGCUCCCAAAGCACCCUCCACAGCACCCAGUGCUUGUGCAACCACCUCACCUUCUUUGGGUGCAUCUCCUUGGUCCUGCCACACCUGAUUGACCUUCACAACACUGCAAAGCUCCUGAGCACCGUGGGCCAAAACCCUUCAGGGCUGGCCUUGCUAAGCAGCUUGUUGCUGGGCUAUGGAGCUGCCCUCGUUUGGGCUCGAUGGAGACAGAGAACGGAUGUUAAGAAGGUGAAGGUCACAAUCCUAGCAGAUAAUGAGGCCACCGCCCGCUUCUCUUACCUGGUGCAAGUCUUCACAGGCUACCGCAGAGGGGCUGGGACUUCUGCUAAGGUUAUCCUGACCCUCUAUGGGGCAGAGGGCCGGAGUGAGCCACACCUGCUACAGCACCCCCAGGGGCCCUCCUUUGAGCGAGGUGGGCGGGAUGCCUUCCUCCUUGCCACACAGAAGCCCCUGGGCAACCUCCACGCUAUCCGCCUCUGGCACGACAACACUGGGCCCAACCCCAGCUGGUUUGUGAGGCGGCUGGUUGUCUGUGACUUGCCUGCCAAGAAGAAGUGGCAUUUCCUGUGUGACUGUUGGCUGGCAGCUGACCUGGAUGAUGGCCAUGUGGAUAAAGUCUUUGCUGUUGCCUCUGAGAGGGAUCUCCUGUCCUUCAGGUACCAGUUCUGGUCAGGGCUGGUGGACAAAUUGACGCAGGAGCACCUGUGGCUGUCGGUGAUGACCUGCUCACCCUGGAGCCCCUUCACUCGUGUGCAGAGGCUCUCCUGCUGCCUGGCCCUCCUCUGCUGCACCUUCCUCAUCAACAUCAUGUUCUGGAGAAAAGAGGGAGGGUCCAGAAGCCCUGAGGCUGGGCCUUUUAUGGUGACUUGGCACGAGCUGCUGGUGAGUGUGGAAACAGCCAUCUUCCUAAUGCCGGUGAACCUACUGAUCAGCCACAUCUUCCAGCUGGUCCAGCCCCCAGCCCCAAAGCCUCCGCCUGCCAGCACCGAAUUCCUGCAGACUGUGAUGCCCCCCAAGCAGGUGACGCCCAUCACACGAGUCAAGCAGGAGCUGGAGGAGACCCUGGGCUUCCUCUACAAGAACGGCCUCUGCCAGUGCAGAGCCAUGGACAAGUUUCCUGGGACUUCUGAGCAAGUACCGGAGCUUGUGGCUUGUCUGUGUGACCUCAUCGAGUCCCACCUCCAGCACCAGAAGGACCUGGAAGGUCCCCCUCAGGAGAGGCGCUUCAACCUCCACAGCUACUUGAGGCAUGUGCUGAAUGACUUGGGGACUCAGCUCUGCAGCCUGGAUAUGUGCAGCUUCCCUAACCCCUAUGACCACCUGCAUGCGGUGGACCGACUACGGAGAGUCCAGCAGCACCUAGAGCAGCAGCAGGCCCAGCCCUGGCCCAGCACCGAGGGGCCUGGCAGGCCCACCUGGCCCAGGAGCGAGCUCAGCAGUUUCCCACUUGAAGACCCUGACAAGGAGAGGCCGCCCUUCUCCCACUGUCUCCCCGGGAGAUUCAGUUUCGCCUGCUGGCUCACAGUGGGGAGCAUCAGCCUGGUUUCAGCCUUCUUCACAGUGCUCUACAGCCUAGAAAUGAGCAGGGACGAGGCUGGGCGCUGGGCCAUCAACAUCCUGCUCUCAGUGCUAGAGAACAUCUUCGUAGUGCAGCCCCUGAAGGUGUUGGCUCUGACCUUCCUCUUCUCACUGCUGCACAAGAGGGAGUUGUGGAAGGACAAGGGGCAGGAGCAGCAGCUCUGGUGGGCCUUGGGCCUCAUCACAGCAAGGAGCCUACAGCUGGAAGCUUAUGGGCGGAGACGCUGGGCAGACCCAGCUUACAGACCCCCUGCCCUCCAGCCAAUGGUGCGGCCAAAGGAACGAGCCUUGAAAGACAAUAAGCUGUACUCCUUGAUCAGAGAGAUUGCAGUGCAGCUUGUGUUCCUGGCUGUGCUGAUGGUCCUCAGCUAUACUGAGAGAAGUCCCAAUGAGUUCUACUUGAACAACGCCCUCCAGAAGACCUUCACAUCCCACCUGGAAGACAUCCUUACCCCAGAGGAGUUGUACAGGUGGACCAGGGUGAUUCUGCUGCCCGGCCUCCAUGGCAAUUCUGAAGGUUUGGCCAUGGAUGGAAACUCUUUCCUUGUGGGCAGCGUGCGGCUACGGCAGAUCCGAGCCACAGGAGCCCUGCCAAAGCCAGGGCCACCUUUUCUCCCGCUCCAAGAGGGAAAGCAGGGUCCCACGGCCAGCUGGGGGCCUCCUGCUGCAGGUGGGAGAGGUCAGGCGAGUGCCUGGGUCUUCCAGAAUGAGAGCACCCUGCAAGAGUACCCCAUCUGGGGGAAGUUUGCUCUCUAUCCAGGAAGCGGCUACCUGGCAAACCUUGGCAGAAACAAAAGCUACGCCACAAGAACCCUUCGCUAUCUGGAACAGAACAACUGGCUGGACAGAAACACACGAGUUGCCUUCAUUGAGUUUGUUGUCUACAAUGCAAAUGUCAACCUCUUCUGCGCAGUCACGCUGAUCUUGGAGGCCAAUGGGAUAGCCUCCAUGCUUGACCCUGUGCCUGUUUCUGUGGCAGGGACCUUGUUCAGUAAAUCGGAGCUGCAAAUUCUCCGCCUCUAUCCUGACCUCCAGCUCGUCCUCCAAUUUAUCUGUGCCCAGAUCACCUUUCUCCUGCUCAUACUAUACUACAUCUUUGUGCAGGGCCAGCAGUUGAAGCAGCAGAAGUGGAAGUACUUCAGCAGCAAGAGAAACCUGCUGGAUGCCAGCACCAUCCUCAUAAGUGUGGCAGCUAUUGGCCUUUAUGUGAAGAGGCGCGUGCUGGCAGAAGGCAUCAUGAAGCAGCAUCGCCAAGACCGCAACAGGUUCAUCAGCUUCUAUGAGAUGGUGGAAGUUGACUCUGCUCUCACAUACCUUAUUGCUUUUCUGGUGGCCUUGACAACCAUCAAGCUGUGGAACCUCCUGCAACUAAAUCCCAGAAUGCACCUCAUCACACAGACGCUGCAGAAAGCCUGGGAUGAGGUCCUGGGCUUCCUGCUUACACUUCUGGUGCUACUUGUGGGUUACGCCAUUGUGUGCAACCUCAUGUUUGGAUGGAGCGUAGCUGACUACAAGACCCUCUUUGACUCAGCUGUGACCAUCGUAGGGCUUUUCAUUGGAAUCUUUAAUUAUGAAGAGGUCACUGCUGUGGACCCUGUGUUUGGCGCUGUGCUGAUUGUAACCAGCGUCAUCUCCAUGGUGUUUGUGAUCAUCAACCUGUUUGUCUCUGCCCUUUUGACGACCUUCAGAUGGGAGAUGAAGGCUGCCAAGGCCAGCAAGGAGGAAUCCAUGUUGCAGCUGAUUCAAUUGAAGAUUUCCAUCUUGUUUGGAAUCAAGAAACAGCCGCCCUUCCCAGCAGCUUCCCAAAAGGAGCCAAAGGAUUGA